CAGAACCGAUUAAAGUUCUUUGUUCUGGUAGAACGUCUCCUGCUGAUCGGCGGUUCUGACCCAACAGAACCUUUAACAUCUGGAGCAGUUCUUGGUUCUGGAGAUGAGGUCCGGACCAAUCCUCCUGGUUCUGGUUCUGAUGGAUGGACUGGAUCUAUCCUGUUCUGGUCCGGUCCGGUCCGGUCCGGCUGCAGAAAGGCUACUGGUGAUGAUGUCACAGGUCAAAGGUCAACUCUGGACUAACUCGGUAAUCUCCUGGUCCAGAUGAGGCCCGGCAGAACCUCCUCUGGCCCAGAGGUUCUGGUUCCUCUGAGCUGCUGGUUCUGGUCCAGAACCUUCAGACCGGGUCGGCGCCUCCAGAUGUUCCGCUGCUGUUUGGGUCGGCAGGAUAAUCCGACCCAAUGCCAGAACAGAACUCUGACCCAAACAGCGGCUGGUUCUGGUCCGAUCUCUGACCGGGCCUCAGAACGCGGAUCCUCCACAUGAAUGGUUCUGGUUCUGAUACUCCUGGGUCCAAUUAUGAAGGAUAACCAUGAACAGUUGAUCAGAACCUCUUGGCCUGGUCCAAAAGCUGCUCAGGAGAAUCCUACAGAACCUCCAGCCGUCUGAGCCCAGUUCAUCAGAACCGGGUCACAUCCUGCAGCUGGUUCUGAUCAGCUGGGAUCGGUGCGCUCCACAGGUUCUGGUUCUGGUUGUGGGCCUAACAGAACCAGGGAAGGUCAGAACAGUGGUGGCUCUAUUCUAUCAAAUAUAUCGAUCAUGUCACCGGGUCACUGGGUCCGUCUCCUACCAGAACCAGUCCAGGUUCUGAUGGGAGGUUCCGCUCCUCCUCCAGCAGAACCGGGCCCUGUGUGAACAUGUAGCUAAGGACAAAGUUCUGACCAGGAAUGGAGGCGGUUCUGGAGUAAUCCCAGGAAUGUUCUGAUGACAGGGCUUCCUGCGGUUCCCCUCAGACAUGAAGCAACACCAGAACCAGAACCGGGCCGUAAAUCAGCCUGUUAUUGAGGUCGAUGGGCUGGAGGAGGGGGGCGGAACCGCGGGUCACAUGACCACAGCCCACUUCCUGUUCAGCACAAUAAGAGACCAGAACCAGGAGACCCGGUCAGAACCCAUCCGGAACCAGAAGACCCAGUCAGAACCCAUCCGGAACCAGAAGACCCAGUCAGAACCCAUCCAGAACCAGAAGACCCAGUCAGAACCCAUCCAGAACCUGGACCCGUCCCUGAUCUUGGAGCAGCCGCUGCCGGAUCGGACCAGCAUGUGGACGUGUUUGAUCCUCCUCAGCCUGCUGGAUCAGAACCAGGCUGCUCCUCUUCCUGGGAAACAUGGAGACCUGGUUCUGAUGGUUCUGCAGCAGCAAGUGGCCCAAACUGCGGUCACCGCCGCCCCGUCUGUCCCUCAGCAGAGGACAUCGUCCUCCUCUUCAUCCUCCUCCUCUUCAUCAUCAGACUUCUCAGAGUCCAGCCAGAGGUCCAUGACGUUUCAACUGUUGAAGGACCGACAGCAGCUGGACGACACGGCGGUGGAGCAGGUGGACUCAGAGGAGAGCUCAGAGCUGCUGCUGCCUCCCAGUAACACCAGCACCACCAGUCUGACGGACAGAGGACAAGAUCAGGUGAUGCUGCAGACGUCACUCCUCCAUCUGAGCAGCCAGAAAGUGGGCGUGUCCUUGGGCCCAGUGGGCGGAGCUACGCUGCUAUCAACAGGUGGAGACGCCAGUGAAGCCGAGGAAGAUGAGAAGAACGACCUUCAUUCUCUGACAGACGACAGCCUGGAGGGGGCAGAUGGAACGACCUUUCACCUUCCUGGUUUCCAUGGUGAUGAGGCGGGGCUAGAGCUGGCCCUGUAGAAGAGACCACGCCCCCUGCUGUUCACCUUUAUAAUAACCUUGUAGUUGAUUGAGCUGCUGUUACUGAAGCUCAUGUUAGAUGAUCAAUAAUCAAUAAUCUGAUGAUUUAAUAAAAAUAUUUACAUCCA